AUGGCCCACGAAGAAGCUCAGGUGUUUGGAGAUGAACCAGCUCUGAUACUAUGCCUUCCCAAGUUAAACGAACUUCGCAUGGCAGGCGAAUUGACUGAUCUGGCUAUUGAGUUGCAAGACCACGUCACGCUUCAUGUGCACAGCGUGGUUUUGGUCUCCAGAGUGCCCUCGCUACAUAAUAUCGUGUGUGGAACGCCUAGGAAAAGGCUGCCUUUUUCGCUCCAAUGGCCGACAGUCUCCUCCGAAGCCGCUAUACCCCUGUUAGAUUAUGUUUACACGGGUAAACUUGAAGUCAAUGGGGCUAAUGCUGAGGCAGAUACCUGGAAUUUUGCACGACUAGUGGAUGGCGAUCACUUAACGGAUGCCUGUCUGCAAUACAUAAAGACGAACUUUGAACCUACGAUUGUGAGUGAUUUCUUCACUCAACUGCCGGUGGACGCUGUCCUCUCCCUGCUGCGUGCAGAUGACCUUCGGGUUGAGAGGGAAGAGAAUGUGUUCGAGGCGAUUAAACUCUGGGUAAGUCCAGGCGGCGAGGUGGAUGAUGUUCGAGUGGUCCACGCAGCAGAACUGAUGAGAGAAGUCAGGUGGAAUCGAGUAAACCCCGAAUUCAGAUACGACCUACUAGAGAAGAAAGGCUUUUGGAGUACAAAUGUUGAAUGUUUGUAA